ACAGGCGGUGGGUGUGUUGGCACUGCAGUGACAAGUACCUGAAGAUUGGUUUUUAGACCACGUACGCAGACAUCGCCACAAUGAAUGAGAGGCAGGCUCUCCACUCCAUAAUGAAGGACCUGGUUGCCCUCCAGAUGACGCGGCGCCAGCCUGUGUUGUCUUAUGACAGCGGCAAAACCAAGACACCAGCCCAGGCCAACAGACAGGACGAUGUCAGGAUAAAGUUUGAGUUCUCAGGAGAAAGGAGGAUCCUGAUGUUUGGACGGCCGGUGCAGUUUGAGGAAAUCCAGCAGAAAGUCAAGACUGUCUUUGGCCAACAGCUAGAUCUGCAUUAUAUGAAUAAUGAGUUGUCCAUCCCUCUGCGAGAUCAGGAUGACCUCGACAAAGCAAUCGACCUGCUGGACCGAAGCUCCAACAUGAAGAGCAUCAAGAUCCUGCUGCUCACACAGGAGCAUAGCAACGCCUCCUCUCCGUCCCACCACGCUCCAUGUAAACAGGUGAGGAUCAAGGCCUCCCAGUCCACUGGAGAUGUCAGCACGGUGUACCAGUCCUCCGAACCCAGAGGGCGCCAUCUAUCAACUGGUUCUCAGAACACAGGGCGUAGCUCGCCGCCCCCUGGCUACGUGCCUGAACGCCAACAGAGGAUCGCCCGCCAAGGUUCAUACACCAGCAUAAACAGUGAGGGGGAGUUCAUCCCCGAGACCAACGAUCAGUGUGUGCUGGAUCCCUGGAGCAGUGCAGAAAACUCUAUCUCUGGAAGCUGUCAGUCGCUGGACAGCAACUCAGACAGCCCUUCACUGAGGAAGUCUCGAAUGCACAGAGCCAAGAGUUACCCUGAUAAUCGUCAGGAGUGCUCAGACAGGGAGAAUCAUGUGUAUGACAGAGUUGCGGGGAAGGGAGGCACCUUUCCCCGCAGGUACCACGUCUCCCUGCAUCAUAAAGACCACAGUGAAGGUCGGCGGACAUUUCCGCGGAUACGUCGCCCACAGGGAAACCUUUUUACUCUGGUGCCCUCGCGGCGGUCGCUCAACGGCAGCGAGGAGAGUCUGGGCAGCUGGCAGCUGGUCGACGCCCAGGGCCGACUACGUCCCCAGGAGCGCUCUGUCGCACAUAAAUCACCCAGCGCCCCGGUGACGUGGCGGCGGGGGAAGCUUCUGGGCCAGGGAGCGUUUGGGCGGGUUUACCUGUGUUACGAUGUGGAUACUGGGAGGGAACUGGCUGCUAAGCAAGUCCAGUUUGAUCCUGACAGUCCUGAGACCAGCAAGGAAGUCAGCGCGUUGGAGUGCGAAAUCCAGCUGCUGAAAAAUCUGCAUCAUGAGCGAAUUGUUCAGUACUACGGAUGUCUGAGGGAUCACAAUGAGAAGACCCUCACCAUUUUCAUGGAGUACAUGCCGGGGGGUUCAGUCAAAGACCAGCUCAAAGCCUACGGCGCUCUGACGGAAAAUGUGACCCGGAAGUACACGAGACAGAUCCUGGAGGGGAUGUCCUACCUGCACAGCAACAUGAUCGUACACCGGGACAUCAAAGGUGCCAACAUCCUGCGGGAUUCAGUAGGCAACGUGAAGCUCGGAGACUUCGGUGCCAGCAAGAGGCUGCAGACCAUCUGCAUGUCUGGCACCGGCAUCCGCUCUGUGACCGGCACCCCCUACUGGAUGAGCCCGGAGGUGAUCAGCGGAGAGGGCUACGGCAGGAAGGCUGAUGUGUGGAGCCUCGGUUGUACGGUGGUGGAGAUGCUGACAGAAAAGCCUCCGUGGGCUGAAUUCGAAGCCAUGGCAGCCAUCUUCAAGAUUGCCACACAACCCACCAACCCGCUGCUGCCCUCCCACACCUCCGACCAGGCGCGGGACUUCAUCCGCUGCAUCUUCGUGGAGGCCAAACACAGGCCGAGCGCUGAGGAGCUGCUCAGACAUCCCUUCUCACAGAUCUUGUGCUAAAACCUGCCUGGUUUCUGAACUUCAAACCGCAGCAUAGCACAGUAGUAGCCUCAGCACUUAUCUGUAGCGUCCCGUCCGUGGCAGAAAAAUGCAGAUGUGGAACUGAUCCAGAUGUCAGCGUUAAACCCACUGAGCACAUUUCAGACACUUUAGAAGAAGAUUCAGUCUCUUCUGAUGCAAAUCCAAAGGACAAGCCAGUAUGUGCUUUUACAAGAGUCGCCACCAGGGGGAAGCAAGACACAGGUGAAGCACCUGGUGGGCUGCUGAUCCCCCUCCGAUACAAACACUUAUGCUCACACUCCCAAAAAAGAAACGAUGCUCUCCAAAGGCAACAGCAUGGAGUAACAGCUCAUGCACCAGUUGUGUCUUCAUUAAGUAUUCACUCCAGUGUUUACAGUCACUUUUUGGGCAGUUUUGAGUAACAACAGGAAGCUCAGAAAAAGGCUGAUCAGCAUUUUUAAAGCUACAACAGACCUAAAGCUCAAAAUCUGCCCAUUGCAUGUUUAACACCACUGGUGCACUACAGUGUUAAAUGGACAUGAUUGUUUUCCUUUUUUUUCUCCACUUUCCUUUUUUCUUAAACAAAGAAAACUCCAUCCUUAGAGCUACAACUCUUUAAAAUGUACUUAAGCUAUUUUUGAUGCAGUCAUUUCAUUUCAGGCUUCAUGUUUGUGUCGAUGGGGUGAAAAACAGAUGAAUUGAGGUCAUGUGGAGAUGUGUCUUGCGUAGCUACACUGGAGACUAAUAGCAGAACAAUGAUCAGCUGUUGAAAUCAUUGACGGUAAAUGAGCCAAGGCAUCUUUUGGUUUCAGGAUGAAGACAUCAGUCAGCAUGGUUAGGUAAUCUGACAGGU